CUCUGCCCCUCCACCUGCUCUGGGUCACCGCAGGCCGGCCCGGCUGCUCCCAGGCUCAGGUGGGGCUGUUUAAGCCCUGACAGGUCUCACCUGGAGCCUGGUGGGUCCAUAAGCACCCACCUGGGCUCUUUGUGGGCAGCUCCCCUUAUAAACCAGCAGCCUGCUUGUCCUGAGGGCUUUUUCUUUCUUUCUUUAUUUCCCUCCUUCUUUUUCACUUUAUCUUUCAGGACCCUCACUUUGGAGGUGGGGAGGGUUGGGCUUUGCUGCCUGUGGGUCUCUAGGAUGUAGUAUCAGGAUUUUCUACCCUUCCCAGUGCUGCCAAGCAGAUGAAGGACAAUGUCGUCACGUAGCUCCGGAGUGGCCCUGGGGCUCGGUUCCCAGCCCAGCUGCAGCAACUCUGUGAUAGCGCAAAGAAACUCUGUCCCGGCACUGAACGUCCGUGCGUCCCAGAGCCGCUCGCUCGCCCUGCUCAGCCGCCAGGGAUUCGGCAAGGGCUUCAGCGGGAGCUUCUGCAACGUGAGCGAUGCGUUGGGGGCUGAUCUGUUGGACCGCAGCUGCUCCAUCCCCGACCCACAGCUGGUCCAGAGGAUCGUGUCCCAGGUGGAGUUCUACCUCUCCGAUGAGAACCUGGCCAAGGACGCUUUCCUGCUGAAACACGUCCAGAAGAACAAGAUGGGCUUCGUCAGCAUCAAACUGCUGACAUCCUUCAAGAAGGUGAAAUACCUGACGCGUGACUGGCGGCUCACGCUCUACGCCCUGCGGUUCUCGGAACUGCUGGAGGUGAAUGAGGAGGGCACCAAAGUGCGGCGGCGUGUCCCCAUCCCAGAGUCCCUGCUCAGCAUCCCCCCCAGCAAACUGCUGCUGGCCUGGGAGCUGCUGCCCCAUGAGCAGGACACGCUGUCGCCACCGCAGAAAAACUUCCUGGAGACCAUCACGAGGAUGUUCAGCCCCUUCGGCGCCAUCACCUCCAUCCGCAUCCUGCGCCCGGGCCGCAAGCUGCCCUCGGAUGUGCGCAAAUACGCGUCACGCUUCCCCGAGCUGCUGAGCCGGUGCUGCGCGCUGGUGGAGUACGAGAGCCUGGAGAGUGCCCGCAGAGCCCUGGAGGAGCUCGGCCACCCGGGCGGCCGGAGCAUCAGGGUGGUCCAGCUCAGCGGGAAGGUUUCCAAGAAGAAACUGGAGGCGGUGGAGGAGCUGGUGGAUCAGCUGGGUUGGAAAGCGCAGGCGACAGCCACGACGUUUCCCUACGGCCUCGGGGGCUCCCUGCUCGACAGCGCUCAGGAGCUGAAUGGUGCCUCGGCGUUGCCAUCGCUCCUCCUGAACAAGGAGCCCUCGGAACCCACGUGGCCCAGCAGCGACUUUAAUGCCAGCGACUGGAGUGACACCUUCACCGGAUCGCUCCUCUGCAACGACGUCUUCCCUCCCUUCGACGCCAACGUGGGCACCGGCAGCUGCACCAGCCCCGAGAGCCCCCGCGGUGCCUGGGGCAGCGGGGCGCCCGCCUGGGCCCCCUGGGCCGGCAGCUCCUCUUGGGAUCCCAAACCCCACCACGGGAUCCCCCCAGCAACAACCGGGGUGUCCGAGCUCCCCGGGCUCUGCGACGGGGUCCUGCGCCUGCCCCACGGUCACAAUGGCACCGGCGGCUUCUGCGGCAGCAUCGGGAGGGGAGAGCUCGUCCUGCAGCGCUGAGGCUUCUCUACAUUUGGGUUUGGGGAUUCGUUUUUUCUCCUUUUCUCUGUGCCCCCCCAGAGCUGUGGUGAGUGCUGCAGCUGCUCCAGGGACCAGAGUUUUGGGCCAGGAUGAAGCUCGGGGUGCUGAGCGGCAGCGGGGGCUGCACCGUCACCAGUGUCCGGGAUGGGGACUCAGUGCACCUGCUGCCGGCCGGACCCGCGGAGCUGGGGUUGCCAGGUGCUCCAUGGGCCCCAGGUUGUGGAGCUGGGGUGGGAAAUGAGCAAUAAAGGGAGAUGAGAUUUCCAGGCAAUUUCUGGCCAGUGUAGUGAUUGUCUGGGUGGUUGCAGGACCAGGGAGUGGAAAAACAGCUGCCCAAGGUGCAGCCAGACAAGGGCAGGAGGGUCCCUGCCCUGCAGUGCCUCCCUCACCAUUCUGGGGGUGAUUUGGGGUUAUUUUGCUGCAGCAGGGAGGCGAAGCCGGGUCUGUGGUUCCCAGUGCCCCUACACCCCACCCCACACAGGCAUAGAGCAGAUCCGGAAAAACAGCAUUUAAUGGAAAGCCAAAAAGAAAAAAGAUCCCAUGAAAGCCACUCCAGCCCCCCU